GCGUCUAGUAGACAAGUUUAUCUCAACCAUUUGUUUCUUUCAUCGUGAAUAGCGUUGCUCGCUGGGAAAUCCGAUCUAGCCAGCUUGAGCGUGUUUAUAUCGCCGUGUCCGUACUUCUUUCGCGUAUAUUGCGUGUUCAAGUUGGAAUUCAAGGAGCGCGAGAAGAUUACAAUUGAACAAAAUGAGUGCGGGCCGCGGUCGUGGGGAACUGAUUAGGAAGUUGUUAGAGUCCCAGUCACAGAGUUCCUCGUCGGGAGACUCUGCUAGUGGCGGUGGCGGAGGAACUGCUGGACGGGGGCUAGGGGCGACACAGGAUAGUGGCAUGGGCCCCAGUGGGUCGGCACAAACUGCAGGCAAAGCCUCAGGACGUGGGAAACUCUUUGAAAUGCUUUCCUCAUCAUCCAGCUCUUCGCCCCUUCAGACUACAGCUACAUCCUCUAGUAGUGGCGGCAGAGGGCGAGCCGCCCUUAUACAAAGUCUUUCGCAACAAGGCGAUAGUGCUACAAUUGCUUCGUCUGUUAUUUUGGGUCGAGGCCGCCUCCGAACUGGGGCUGACACCAAAGCCGGGGGCGACGCCAGCUCGGCUCCAUUGGCCGAACAGACUAUCGCGGAUAGACCAGAUCUUACCAGGAAAAUGGAAGAGGUCGUAAUAUCGGAAAGGGAGCCUGCACCUGUAAGAAAAGUGGGCACGAAAGGGCGACCCGUUAAUGCAGUCUGUAAUUAUAUACGACUUCAAUCUGAUCCCAAUAAGGGUGUAUUCGAAUACGAGGUGCGUUUUUCACCUAAUAUUGAUUCACGGAAUAUAAGGAUGCGCCUGCUUAACGAACAUCGAGACAAAUUCGGCGGCGUAAAGACAUUUGACGGAGUUCAGUUAUAUCUGCCGAUAGCAUUGCCCAACAAAGUAACAAAGUAUACAUCAAAAAAUCCCGCUGAUGGUUCCAAUAUCGAGAUCCAAAUAAUUUUCAAAAGACGGAAGCCUCUACGAGAAUGCACCCAACUCUAUAACAUCUUAUUUGAUCGAGUGAUGAAAACUUUGAAUUAUGUUCGUUUCGAACGGAAGCAGUUCGACCCUAGCGCACCUAAAAUAAUCCCGCAGCAUCGCUUAGAGGUUUGGCCGGGAUAUGUAACGGCUGUGGAUGAGUAUGAAGGUGGAGUGAUGUUGUGUUGUGAUGUUUCACAUCGACUUCUGUGUCAAACUACAGUUUUGGAUAAUUUACGAGAAGUAUAUCAAGCUGGCGCAGAACAAUUUCAAACGAAUGCAAAGAAAGCAUUACUAGGUUCUGUUGUUCUGACUAGAUAUAAUAAUAAGACAUAUCGUAUUGAUGACAUUAAUUUCGACUCUAGCCCGAUGUCAACAUUUCAAAAGGGGGAUCGUGAUAUGUCAUAUUUGGAAUACUACGAAACUCAGUACAAUAUAAAAAUCAACGAUCCAAACCAGCCGCUUUUGAUAAGCAUGAAACAAAGACGUGUGGCAGGCAAAGAUGCUCCGGAGGAACUUAUGUUCUGCCUUGUUCCUGAAAUUUGUUACUUAACAGGGCUUAGGGACGACUUACGUUCAGAUUUCAAAGUAAUGCGGGACAUUGCCACAUUCACUAGGGUCACUCCGAAUCAGCGAGUUGCCGCACUCCAUAAAUUUAAUCAGAAUGUCAACAGCAACCGUGAAGCCCGCCAAAUUCUUGAAGAUUGGGGCUUAACGUUGGCAGAUCACCCAGAAAGAGUAUCGGCUCGCUUGCUAGAUGAAGAAACAGUAUACUUUGCCCGCAAGGAAUUUCCUGUUGGACCAAAUGCAGAUUUUUCGCGAUAUGCGACAAACAAUGAACUGCUGGAGGUCAUACCCAUCAACAACUGGCUUCUUAUUCAUACUCGAAAUGAUAUGCGUUACGCUAAGAAUUUCAUCGAUUGUCUGGAGAGGAACUCACGCCCCAUGGGCAUUGAAGUUAAUAAACCCAUAGUACAAAUUUUGGAUAAUGACAGAACAGAGACAUACGUAAAUUGUUUACGGAAACACAUAGCAGCAAAGACGCAGAUCGUGGUGUUAAUUUGUCCGACAGCGCGAGAUGACCGAUAUGCAGCCAUAAAAAAAAUCUGUUGCGCUGAAAUUCCCGUCCCCUCCCAGGUGAUUAAUUCAAGAACACUGUCGAACGAUGCGAAAAAUCGUUCGAUCGUUCAAAAAAUUGCAUUACAAAUGAACUGUAAAUUAGGAGGAACACUAUGGAGCGUGAAAAUCCCAUUUCAAAAUGUGAUGAUUUGUGGAGUUGAUUCAUACCACGAUGCAGGCCAGAAAGGGAAUUCAGUAUCAGCUUUCGUGGCGUCGCUAAAUUCUGCAUAUACGAGAUGGUAUAGUCGGGCUGGUGUCCAAACACGAAAGGAAGAAAUCGUCAAUGGGCUGUGUGCGUCUUUGAAGUAUGCAUUGCAAGCUUAUGAAAAGCUUAAUAACAAUCUUCCAGAAAAAAUUAUAUUAUUCCGUGACGGUGUGGGUGAUGGACAGUUAAAAGUGUGUGAAGAAUAUGAAUUGCCUCAGCUUCAGGAUGCAUGUAAAAUGGAGUAUUCUGGAUACAACCCAAAAUUCACAUUUAUAGUUGUACAAAAGCGAAUUAACACUAGGAUAUUUGCGGAUACACCCAACGGCGAAUUGCAGAAUCCCAGCCCCGGUUUUGUUCUCGAUCACACAGUUACCCGAAAGUAUUUAUAUGAUUUCUUCUUGGUUUCCCAGUCAGUUCGACAGGGCACAGUAUCUCCAACUCAUUUUGUGGUUGUGAAAGAUGAAGCCAAUUUUUCACCCGAUAUUAUCCAAAGAUUAAGCUACAAAUUGUGCUUUCUAUAUUACAACUGGCCAGGAACUGUUCGCGUGCCAGCAUGUUGCCAGUAUGCUCAUAAAUUGGCUUAUCUAGUCGGACAAAGCGUUAAACGACCAACAUCUGAGAAAUUAGCAGAUAAGUUAUUUUACCUAUAAAAAGUACAAUGUAAGAAAUUCGUUACUUUAUUACGUCGAAUUACUGCCACCUUAUUCCGCAUAUAUUUAUAUUCCAUACAAGAGCAAAUUUUCCAUUGACUUAUCGGCUUUAUAAGUUGAAGACGGUAUUUAUAAGUUUACAUCUAUGAUCAUUGUUACAUUUGAAAGGAAUUUUAAUUUACUUUUAACUAAACCAAAAUGAAAGAAGCCUGAGUUAAAUAUGUUUUGUUAAUAAAAUACGACACGACCAUAAAAUAAUAUUAUAAGGAAAAUUGAAUACUUUUAUGAACAAAGGGAUUAUUUUUUAUAUUCUUUUUCAAUAUUAUUUAAUUGAGACUCCUGUAGCUUUUAUCAAAGAUUUGAAUGGUAAAGACAAAUUCAUCUCAAUAUAAAUUAUCUCCGCCUGGAAA